ACAAGCUUUUCUUUCUUGUUUGUUUAAUCUCAAUAACCAAAAAACAUUGGGCAGAAGAGCAUUUUUUGUGGAACUUAUUUUUCCCUCUGCCAUUUCUAACUCUGAAAAGAAAAAAAGUUAUUGAGAUUGAAACAAAAGCAAAGAAGACAAUAAAAGAAAAAUUUUAAAAAAAUGUCAUUCACAGGAACAUUGGAUAAAUGCAAAGCUUGUGAUAAGACUGUUUACUUUGUUGAUUUGUUGUCUGCUGAUGGAAUAACUUAUCAUAAAUCUUGCUUCAAAUGUACACAUUGCAAAGGAACUCUUGUGAUGAGCAACUACUCCUCCAUGGAUGGAGUCCUCUAUUGCAAGACGCAUUUUGAACAACUUUUUAAGGAAUGUGGAAAUUUUAGCAAGAACUUUCAGACUUCACCUAAGCCUGACAAGGAAAAUGCAUUGGCAAGGACUCCAAGCAAACUCUCUGCCAUGUUUUCUGGAACCCAAGACAAAUGUGCAGCAUGCACCAAAACUGUCUAUCCACUUGAAAAGGUGACAAUGGAGGGAGAAUCAUUCCACAAAUCAUGUUUCAAAUGUGCUCAUGGAGGAUGUCCACUUACACAUGCAACAUAUGCAUCACUUGAUGGAAUCCUCUAUUGCAAACAUCAUUUUGCACAACUUUUCAUGGAGAAAGGCACAUAUCAACAUGUUCUUGAAGCUGCAAAUAAUAAGAAGAAUGCUGAUCAAGCAGCAGCUAUUGAAGUAGUUGAAGAUGAGGCUACAACAACAGAUGAGCAACCAGAAAAGGAACCUCAUGAGGAAGAGUCACAAGAAUAGCCCUAAGAUAUUGGAUUAAUGAUCAAUUAAUUUUUUUAUUAUAAUUAAAAAUAAUCCAAAUUUGUUUGUAUGUUUCUGGUCAGUAAAUAAAGCUUUUCCUUUUCUUUUUGUGAUUAAUAGAUAAACCCUCUUAAUUGUAAUCAAAUUACUUUCCUGAA